AUGUCUCAGCAUGUUAUGUUUCCUGUUUACCGGAUAUUCUUUGCCGUGUCGAUCCCAGUGGACAUUCCCGACAAAUCAAUCGCCGUGGCGUACUACUUCGAGGCGAAUUACGGAGUGCCGUGGAACACGAGUCAUUAUCACGAAGAAAAUUAUCUCGCAAAACGAAGUCUCGAUCGUCGAUUGAUGUACGAAGCAUCUAUCAAGAAGCUAGAAAGCCUGGGUUAUCCUGGACUGGAUUGUCUACUGCGAGUAAUUUGCGAGGCUGCGAAAUAUCCUCUAAGCGAAAACGGUGUGCUCGGUGAUAUCCUGCAGAUCGUAUUUACACCGUCCAGCUCGAAGGACGAAAAUCUCCCGGACGAAAUUACAGAGGCCGAACAUGAACAGCAUUGCGACCGACGUUACAAGAAAUGCCCCGUCAAUCCUUUCGAUCUAGUGAGCGAUCGUAUCGGCGCCAUUUAA